AUGUUAGAUGGUAUAGUGCAAAGGGCAAAUCAACACAUUGAGGAAAAAUCAAGGGAAUGGGAGAAGUCUGUACAGUACCAACCAACAAAUAAUAUAGAAUUAAAAGCUGUAUUUGGGCUGCUGUAUUUAGGAGGCGUUUUUAGAAAUAACCAUCGUUUGCUAAGACAUUUCUGGAAAACUGACGGGACAGACAUAGAAGUAUUUCGAAUAACUAUGUCUCAAAGACGGUUCGAAUUUUUGCUCACAUGCCUGCGAUUUGACAAUAAAGCAGAUCGCGCAUGUAGACGUGAAAUCGACAAGCUGGCGUCUAUACGAAGUAUAGUAGAAAAAUUUGUUUCCAAUUGUCAAAAUGCCUAUACGCCAGGCCAAUUCUUAACUGUGGAUGAAAAAUUAGAGGCUUUUGUUGGGGGAUGUCCGUUUAGACAGUAUAUGCCCAAUAUGCCGGCCAAAUACGGCAUCAAGGUUCAUGCUUUGGUGGAUGCCAGAACAUAUUAUCCUUUUGCUGUAAAUAAUACUCCAACGGCUAUAGUAGAACGGCACUGGUAG